AUGGAUAUUCUUAUUUAUUCAUCAACUAUUCACAAUGAUUAUCAAUCUAACUAAUCUAUAAGAAUCUAAAACAAAUUGACUGAUUAACGAUCUAGCAGUUAAUAUUUCAAAAAUAUUAAUGAAAUCAUCUAAGAAUCUUAAAAAACCCAUACCAGAAGAAAAAGUUGUUAUUGUACAGAAUGUGGUUGUUUGGGUAAAUUCUAAUUUGAAAAUAUGAACACUAGAUAGUUUUUUAGAAACUAAAAUAAAAGAAACUCAGACAAUCCAAAAAAUGCUUUAGUAUUAACGCUACCAAGUAUUAACUUCCUCUUAUAUCUAAAGAAUAAGAGAUCUUCUUUCCAAAAAAGAGAACAAUUAAAAAAAAUGAUAAAAAAACAACGAUUAUAGAUACUAAUACUACUGGUGAUAAAAUCGAUGAACAUAAAACAUAAUAUUUCAAUUUCAACAUGCAAUCAAGAUCUUCUCUUCUAUCAAAUAUCAUAGGAAAGAAAGAACCUUAAAUUAAAUAAAUUAAUAAAAUCAGUAGACCUAUAGGUUUGAUUAAAUUAGAGUAAAAAAUAUAAUGUCUUAUUCCAAUCACUUAGAAACAUUUUCAACUUCCAUUUACUUCUUAAUUUGAAUGUACUAGAAUCAAAACUGAAAAUCUAAGUUAUUUUAAUCAACCUCUUAGUCCAAUAAACAGAACUAAUAGUAAAUCUAAUUAUAAAAAUUCACCUUAUUAUUAUACUUAUCGAUCUAAUUUAACACCUAAAAUUAAAUUUAGAACUGAAUAAAAUAAUAUCAAAAAACCCAUCUAAUUAUGA